AUGAAGGACCUGUUGGUUCUCGUUAUUGGCGAUUUCCACAUUCCACACCGUAGUCACAAUAUACCAGUAAAAUUCCGAAAAUUAUUGGUUCCAAAUAAAAUGCAGCAUAUUUUAUGUACUGGAAAUUUAUGUACGCGUGAGACGUUCGAUUAUAUGAAGUCUUUAGCAUCUGAUGUACAUGUGACUCGAGGAGAUUUCGAUGAUUUUAUGUCAAAUUAUCCAGACACAAAGGUUAUCACCAUUGGCCUCUUUAGGAUUGGAUUAUGUCACGGUCAUCAGGUUGUGCCGUGGGGUGACAGAAAGAGGCUAGAAAUGUUAGCUCGUCAGUUGGAUGUGGAUGUUAUGAUAACUGGGCACACACAUGAAUGUCAAACUUUUCAAAAUGAAGGCCGAUUUUAUGUUAAUCCUGGCUCAGCAACUGGAGCUUUCUCAGCAAUCCAAAAACAAGUUAUACCAUCGUUUGCAUUAUUAGAUGUGCAGAUGGGGACUUUAAUAACAUAUCUUUAUCGCUUAAUUGACGAUCAAGUGAAAGUGGAACGUGUUCAGUUUUCAAAAUCUGCAAAUAUCUGA